AAUUGUCACCAUCGUACUAAAGGGUAACAUAAUAUUAUCCAUAUACUCAUAUCUGCAGAUGUCUUCGCUCCCUGUGAUAGACAUUUCCCCCUUAUAUGAUGAUAACAAAGGGUCCCUGAUAGAUGUGGCGUGCGCUAUCGAUAAUGCCUGCCGUACGUGGGGCUUCUUUUACGUCAUCGGUCACAGAAUUCCUGAGACACGUUUCAAAGAGCUCAUGAUGAUGGCCGAAAAAUUCUUCUCUUUGCCUCUUGAGGAGAAACUUGAAAUUGAUAUUACCAAAUCACUGGUACAUCGUGGAUAUGGAAUGACAUCAGCUGAGCAGCUUGAUCCCAGUGUAUCAAGUGACUACAAGGAGACUUUUGACAUAGGGUGUGACCUGGCGCCAGACCAUCCAUCGGUGAUAGCGGGAGAACCGUUGCGUGGUCCUAACCAGCACCCUAAUAUCCCAGGCUGGAGGGAUCUCAUGGAAACACACUACAAAGAUAUGAUGAGGGUCGCCCUCCAACUGCUGCGCGCGGUGGCGCUUGCUCUGGGUACCGACGAAAAGUUCUUUGUUGAUAAGUUCAAAGAACCGAUGAGCGUAUUUCGCAUGGUCCACUACCCUGCGCUUCCCGAUGAAAAAGGCCGUGUUACUUGUGGCUCCCACUCCGACUAUGGUAUUGUUACACUUCUGUACCAAGAUAUGCUAGGUGGCCUACAGGUACUUAACCAACACGAUGAGUGGAUAAACGUGACGCCGAUUCCUGGUAGUUUUGUGGUAAACAUCGGGGACAUGAUGUGCAUGUGGAGCAACGGUCUCUACAAAAGCACUAAGCACCGUGUGGUAAGCUUGGGUGCGGAACGCUAUUCCAUGCCUUUCUUCACAGAGCCCAAUCCCAAAACGCUCAUCAGCUGCCUGCCGAACUGCUCUAGCGAUGAAAACCCGCCUCAAUAUCCUCCGAUUCGCGCAGUGGACUGGAUGUUGAAAAGGUUCAGCGAGACAUACAAAUAUCGUGCUAAGGUGUGA